CCGGAUAUCUACCACACUCUUACUCGCACUGAUAGUAUUCCACCUGCUUUUACCUGCUGGACUACACGCUGCCAUGAAUCUGUGCGCCUUCCUGCUGUUUCUCAUCGCCAGGAUCUGCGCUGAAAGUCUGGAGGGGCCAACAGCGGGCUGCACAUUUGAGGAAGACUCUGACCCCAGUCUCUGUGAAUACAGACAAGCACAGGAGGACAAUUUUGAUUGGCAGCUUGUACGGACCUACAGCUGGACACACAUGACCUCUGACCUUACACGGGGUUCCUACAUGUUGGUGAACUCUUCUCAGUAUGGUGCCGGGCAGCGUGCUCAGCUCAUGUUGCAUCCACUGAGUGAGAAUGACACACACUGUGUGCAAUUCAGUUAUUUCCUGUACAGCCGGGAUGGGCACAGUCCCGGGGCUCUGAGCGUGUAUGUUCGUGUGAACGGUGGCUCGCGGGGAAAUGCCGCGUGGAACGUGUCUGGCUCUCAGGGGAGGCAGUGGCACCAGGUGGAGCUCGCGGUCAGCACCUUCUGGCCUAGUGAGUACCAGGUUGUUUUUGAAGCCACAGUUUCGUCUGAGCAGAAAGGAUACGUUGGCCUGGAUGACAUAGUGCUGUUAAACUACCCCUGCUAUAAAGUGCCUCAUUUCUCCAGAUUGGGUGAUGUGGAGGUGAACGCAGGACAGAAUGCCACAUUUCAGUGUAUAGCCACUGGACGUUCGGUUAAGACCGACCCCUUCAUGAUGGAGAGGCGUAAUGGUGUUCUGAUGUCGCCAUACUCAGUGACAUCAUCAGUUGGUGAACGUCGAUUGGUUGCGUGGUAUCAGGUGGGUGGAGCCCAGCGUGCAGAGCAGGACCUGUACCGAUGCAUCACACAGUCCACAUAUGGAGCUGCAGUGUCAAACUUUGCUGAACUCAUCGUCAGAGUCCCGCCCACACCGAUAGCCCCGCCCCAACUGCUGCGCUCUGGCCCCACAUACCUGAUCAUCCAGCUCAACACUAACUCUAUAGUGGGUGACGGGCCGGUGAUCCGCAGAGAGAUUGUGUACAGGGCCAGUCAUUCACCCUGGUCUGAAACUCAUGGAGUCAGCUCACUAACAUAUAAAGUCUGGCACCUGGAACCAGACACAGAGUAUCGCAUCAGUGUUCUCCUCACCCGACCCGGAGAAGGGGGAACCGGCCCACCUGGACCCCCGCUGGUCAGCAGAACCAAGUGUGCAGAGCCGAUGCGUCCUCUGCGAGGUCUGACAGCUACAGAGAUUCAGUCUCGUCAGCUGCUGCUUCAGUGGGAGCCUAUGGGCUACAACCUGACACGCUGUCACACGUACUCGCUGUCGCUGUGUUACCGCUACUCCACAGCAGCUGGGGGCGGAGCCGGCGGGAAUAACGCCACGGUGAGGGAGUGUCUGUUGGUGGAGAGGAACACCUCCCGCUUCACUCUUCGGGACCUGCCCCCAUUCCAUGCUGUUCAUGUGAGGCUGGCACUGACCAAUCCUGAGGGCAAGAAAGAGAGCAGAGAAGUGACAUUCCAGACUGAGGAAGACAUCCCAGGAGGCAUUGCGCCCGAGUCUUUAACCUUCACCCCAUUGGAUGAUAUGAUCUUUCUGAAGUGGGAGGAGCCUCUGGAGCCCAAUGGUCUCAUUACACAGUAUGAGAUCAGCUAUCAGAGCAUUGAGUCAUCGGACCCCAGCAUCAAUGUUCCUGGCCCACGCCGAACUGUCUCCAAACUGAAGAACGAGACAUACCACAUGUUCUCUGGCCUUCAUCCCGGAACCACAUACCUGGUGUCUGUUCGCGCCCGUACCGCCAAGGGCUUUGGCCAGACCGCCCUCACCGAAAUUACCACGAACAUCUCAGCACCGGCGUUUGAUUAUGAAGACAUGCCCUCUCCUCUGAGUGAAUCAGAGAGCACUAUCACUGUACUGCUGCGUCCAGCCCUGGGGAGAGGAGCGCCUGUUAGCUUGUAUCAUGUGAUUGUGGUGGAGGAAGAUAGCUCCAGACAAGUAAGGAGGAGGGAGUUGGGUCACAUGGAGUGUUUCCCUGCUCCAUCCUCUCAUGCAGAUGCUCAAGGUGGAGGUGGAGGAGCAAGUGGUGCACCUCCUCAUUACUACACUGCUGAACUCCCACCCAGCAGCUUACCUGAAGCCACACCCUUCACCGUCGGUGACAACCACACCUACAACGGUUACUGGAACACUCCUCUGGACCCCAGCAAGAGCUACCUCAUCUACUUUCAGGCCUCCAGUAACUUCAGAGGGGAGACUCGGAUCAACUGCAUUCGGAUCGCUCGUAAAGUGGCCUGCAGGGACCAUAAGCGUGCUCUGGAGGUUUCCCAGCAUGCAGAGGACAUGGGGCUGAUCCUGGGGGCAUGUGCUGGGGGACUGGUGGUUCUCAUCCUGCUGCUGGGAGCCAUCGUGAUUGUCGUCAAGAAGGGAAGAGCCAUCUAUUCGUACCCUUACUACCCAAGGAAGAAGGUUAACAUAAAUAAGGCGGUCAUGACUUAUCGUCAGGACAAAACUCGUAAGCUGGGUUCACUUGACUGCAGCACGACCGAGCACAGUACACUGCAACAGGACGACCGCACCACACACACCUUCAUGGAUUCACACAACUGCACUGUUAAAAAUGAGCAACGCAGCACAGUAAAUGAGUCCAGCAGCCUGUUGGGUGGUUCUCCCCGAAGACAUUGCAGGAGGAAGAGUUCUCCGUACCACACUGGACAGCUCCACCCGGCCGUGAGAGUGGCUGACCUGCUCCAGCACAUUAACCAGAUGAAGACUGCAGAAGGUUAUGGCUUCAAACAGGAGUAUGAGAGCUUUUUUGAUGGCUGGGACAUAAACGAAAAGAAGGACAAGACCAAGGGCAGACAUGACACACUCCUGGGUCAAGAUCGCCAUCGUGUGAAAAUGCAUUCCCUCCUGGCUGAUCCGAACUCAGACUAUGUCAAUGCAAACUACAUUGAUAUUCGGAUAAACAGGGAAGGUUACCAGCGCUCCAACCAUUUCAUCGCCACACAAGGGCCCAAGCAGGACAUGAUCUAUGACUUCUGGCGCAUGGUUUGGCAGGAGAACUGCUACAGCAUUGUGAUGAUCACUAAAUUGGUGGAGGUGGGGAGAAUGAAGUGUUGUAAAUACUGGCCUGAUGACAGCGAGCUGUAUGGAGACAUUAAAAUCACUCUACUGAAAACAGAAACUCUGGCAGAAUACACCGUACGCACCUUUGCCAUGGAGCGGCGGGGUUACCCAGCCAAACAUGAGGUCUGCCAGUUCCACUUUACAUCCUGGCCUGAGCACGGCAUCCCGUACCAUGCCACAGGACUGCUGGCCUUCCUCCGGCGGGUCAAAGCCUCCACACCACCUGACGCUGGGCCAGUGGUCGUCCACUGCAGUAUGGGUGCUGGCCGCACCGGCUGUUACAUAGUGCUGGAUGUGAUGUUGGACAUGGCGGAGUGUGAGGGCGUGGUGGACAUCUAUAACUGUGUCAAGACGCUCUGCUCCCGAUGCAUCAAUAUGAUCCAGGCUGAGGAGCAGUAUAUAUUCAUCCAUGAUGCCAUACUAGAGGCCUGUCUGUGUGGAGAGACCGCUAUCCCCAUCAGUGAGUUUGCUCUCACAUAUAAGGACAUGUUGAGUGUGGACUCACAGACCAACACCUCUCAACUCAGAGAAGAGUUUCAGACAUUAAACUCCGUCACCCCUCACCUGGACGUGGAGGAGUGUAGUGUCUCUCUGUUGCCGCGGAACCGUGAGAAGAACCGGAGCAUGGACGUGCUGCCGCCUGACCGCACCCUCGCAUUUCUGGUGUCCACCGAGGGAGACGGCAGCAACUACAUAAAUGCGGCACUGAUGGACAGCUUUCUGCAGCCAGAUGCAUUUGUGGUGACCCCACACCCCCUGCCUACCACCACCGCAGACUUCUGGAGACUCGUGUUUGACUACAGCUGCACCUCCAUCAUCAUGCUUAACCAACUCAACCAGUCCAACUCAGCCUGGCCUUGUUUACAAUACUGGCCUGAAACCGGUAUGCAACAGUAUGGACCAAUGACGGUUGAGCUGCUCUCAAGGUCUACAGAUGAGAAUGUCGUGACCCGUCUGUUCCGGGUGAACAAUAUCACACGGUUGCAAGAAGGUCAUCUGGUGGUGCGACAUUUCCAGUUCCUGCGCUGGUCUGCUUAUCGUGAAAUCCCAGACUCAAAGCAGGCCUUCCUAAACCUGCUGGCACAAGUGCAGAAGUGGCAGAGGGAGUGUGGAGACGGUCGCACUGUAGUACACUGCCUGAAUGGCGGUGGACGCAGUGGCACUUAUUGCGCUUGCACCAUGAUAAUGGAGAUGGUGCAUCAUCACAACAUGGUAGACGUGUUUUACGCCGUGAAGACUCUGCGGAACUCCAAGCCCAACAUGGUGGAGUCUAUGGAGCAGUACCGGUUCUGCUAUGAGCUGGCUCUGGAGUACCUGGACUGCUUGGAGGUCAGAUAACACCAGAGCUCAUGACCUGAUCAACACUAGUUCCACCUUCUCAAUCUCGCCUAACCUAUUUCCUGUCGCUUGGGCCAAUCUGGCCCGUCUGAAUGAGCCUUUCUUUCAUCCAAUGAGAAUGCACAUCUGUGUCAAGAGCGAGACUGCAAGACUUGGCACAUUUCUUUUACCUUCAACGUAUAUCGUCCUCUGUGCAUUUUGUUUUGAUGUUUUCUCCUCCGAUGGUUCUUCGUGCCAGAUAUUCCUGCCAAACCCUGGAGAACAUUGACGAGAUUUUACCGACGUUAAGAUGACAACAUGCAUUUUUGAUCAUGAGACUGGCACAGAGCUCCACCUCUCUCGACCUUAUAUGCCACACAGGAGAAAAACAUGUUGCAAUCUAACAAAAUCAUGCAACUGUGAUUGCAACAGUAAAAAAAAUCGGUGAUAUUGUGUUUGUACAUUAUGUGUAUUGUUAUGCUCUGUAAAUUGGUGCGAUCUACUGUAAUGAUGCACCUGAUUUUACCAGGAAGGACUUGAAUGUGAGAAUGUGAUGGUUAAUGAAUUUUUUUUUUUUCAUUCAAUUACUUAAAGUUGAUGUGUGAAAUUUUUUCAAUGUUUACAUAUUUCUGGUAUCCCAGCUUAAUAUGCACAGUCAACCAUAAGUAAUCCAUUCGUAGUUUGAUUUCCUGAAAAGGCUCACUUUGGUUCUGUGGCAUUUUCUAAACAUUGCUCUAUUGGCCUAUCCAGCCUAACACAGCUACAUUGGUUCAACUAAUGGUGUGAGUUUUGGGUGGGACUAGCCAAUGGCAGAUGGGGCAUUGUUUGAUAAACCUGUUUAAAAAUUGGACUGACCAAACAAAGACAAGUAAAUAAAUAUUUCUGCCACAGCGUUUUAGACAAACAUAAUUUUUGCAUACAUUAACUCUCCUAUGGUAUUGAAAAACCCUUUGGUAUCCGUGUUCUUUUUUGACCGGAAGGGUCAGAUGUGUAACCCUUUUUUUUAUGAUGAUAAUGAUACCAUUUCUUUUUCCCUGAAGAACAAUUGCAUUUCUUUUCGAAUUUUUUGCUAUUUUGAUUUUAUUUACAUGUAAAAUUAAAAAUUUACAAAUAAGCAUAUAAAAAGUUGAAACAAAAUGAAAAUAUGAGAAUGUGACAUAAAUUGGAGGCAGAUUGUUGCCAUCUGGUGAACAAUAUAUUAAUAACAUGACUUGAAAACCAUGUCAUGCCAGUAACAGCCAGUAGACAGCUGUAGCCACCUACUGUGUAGUCUGAUGGCUUGUUGUAACCUACUUUUAUAUUUUAUCACAAGGUAUGCAUUUGGAAAUAUAUUUAGGCAUUAUCAAACUAUUAUUGGUCAAAGUUUAGCAUUUUUAAAUUGAUUUGAAGUGUUAGUUUUUGCAGUUAAUGGCAUUAUGCUUGCAAUCAAACCUGACCAUGGUGUUACAAAAAGAAUACAUUUUUUAUUUUUUAUUAUACAUUUUUACCAAUAAUUUCUUUAAAACAUAAAAAUGUAAUAACUAAAAGUAAAUGCAUAAUAAUGUCAUGAAAAUGAACAUGAAACAUGUUUGUGAGUGUGUGUUCUGCAUUUUUUUUUUUUUUUAAAUGUAAAAAACAAAGCUCUGUGUUAUAGACUAACCAGUUCAUUUGUGUGUGUGUGUGUGUGUGUGUGUGUGGGUUUGUGUGUGAGUGUGUGUGUAUGUUUUGCACGAAGGAUGUUUUAGUCUCACCUUUUUAUGUCAUUGUGGCUGAUUUAUUGAUUGUAUUUGACAGAAAAAAAAUUGCUCUGUUUUUUGGUCUUUCCUAUUCAUUUUCAAUGGUCGGUAAAUUUUAACUGCAAAUGUCAAAGGUGUAGCUUUUUUUUACGACCACUUAUCAAAUCAAGCCCAGUGAUUUUUUUUUUUUUUUUUUUGAUGUUCAGAUGGCAAAUGGAGGAAAAGUCACCAAGUCUUGUACUGCUCAGAUAAAAGGAAACCAUUUUUAUUAAAUGAGGAAAAUUUAUUUCAGUAAAAAAUGACAGAAUACCAUAGGAGGGUUAAUAAAUAACUUUAUCUAAGGAACAAAUAGAUAAUGUUUUUGGAAGUUAUAGUUAUCCAUUCAAAAUCCACUUGGUUCAAAAAUCGGAGUUUUUCAGUUUGAAUGGGCAUAACAUCUCUGAAAACAGUCAUUAUUUUUUGUCAGUUUCUUUUUGGUGACACUAGUGGUUCAGAAAUUACACGCAUCAUCUUUAAAUCAGGAUGUGAGUAUUUUGACAAUGCAAGUAUUUUGAUGGUGGUUUUAGAAACCAUGGUUUUAGGUUUAUUUCCUGUUUUGUGUAUAUAUAAUAUAUAUUUUGCACAAAAAAAAAAAAAAAAAAAAAAAAAAACUGUUUCUAGAUGUUGUCUUUAAUGUGCCAACUCAUUUUUGAAUGCGUGUUUGUGUGUGUGUGUGUCUGUGUGCGUUUGUGCACGAGUCUGCAUGUAUGUAUGCGUGGGUGUGUGUGAGAGGUGGAUCACUCAUGGAUCUGCAUGCCUGUUACACAUUUUAUUGCAAUCCAUUGUGACCCGUCUGCUUUGGGUUUCUAAUGCCAGGUGCCCUCUGUCACUGAGCACAGUAAAAAAGAGAAAAAAUACGCAAAUAUAUGAAAGAAAUGAAAAAGCUUCUGUGGGAAUAAGGUGAGGCACUCACCAAAAAGUUGCUUUUUAUCUUUGUAUUUAUUCAUUGUGUUUUAUUAAAAAAAAAAAAAUGUAACGAAAGAAUAAAACAUUCCAGUGUU